AUGCAGCGGACCGAACGACUUUGUCCAUGCGACGAACUACACAUAAUGAUAACAUUCAACCUCGAAAUGACGGCUUAUUCGGCGUACAAAGAAGGCGCGAUACUCGUAGUGGUGCUCGCCAUCACCUGCUUCGUGUUCAUCGGCAUCCUCAGAACACGGGAAACCGGGGUUUUCAGCAACUCGGAAAGAACAAAGGCUGAGGCCCGAAGAGAAGUGGAGAAAAUCGAGAAGCAAAUUCAGCAACGUUUGGAGGCCAUGGGAAAGAAAGUAGCAGCCAGCAAAGAGCAAAGACGAGGCUUCGUCCACUUUGACCCCAACGCGAAAACUCCGCUGACGGAACAAGAGAUGCAGGAAUUACGGGGAGAUUUGCACGACAUCCUGGAAAAUCCGAAUCUCGGAGAUGAUGACGGGAGUGAAGGCGAUGUUUUGGAAAAGAUUUCCCCUGAAGCUCACCAAUGUGACCACCAGGUGGAACCCAGAUAUCGCAGCCAGGAUUUUCGCACGGCUAUCAGUGUUCUGGAACAGCGCUCGAACCAGGAAUUUCACUUCCUGGGCGGCAAAAGCCCUCGCCAAGGGCCCCCUUCCCGCGUCCCACCGCGUUUUAAUUUCCGGCAGAUGAGCGUCCAAGACGAACACGAAUUCUUCCAGAGCGUGCAAACGGGUCACAACAUCGUGCACAUUGUCUACUGUCCUCUCAGCCGUGGAGAACAAUGC